AUGUCCGCCGAAAACCUCAAAGUGGCCUAUCUGGGUCCACCGGCAUCGUUCUCGCAUCAGGCCGCCACUGAGUCCUUUACGAGGACGACAGCAGAAUUGCAACCCCAUGCCUCGUUUGAUGAUGCCUUUCUCGCGGUGCAACAGCAGAAUGUAGACUAUGCAGUCAUUCCCUUUGAGAAUUCAACCAAUGGAUCUGUGGUCCAGACACUGGAUCUUUUGGCGGACCGCGCGGGCCUCUACAAAGAUGUGAAGGUGUGCGGGGAGUACUACUUGACAGUCCACCAUUGUUUAUUGGUUCGCAAGGGCACAUAUCCUGCCGGCUGGGAGAGCUAUGACGGCUCGAUUACCAAAUUAUAUACACACCCGCAAGCAUGGGGUCAAUGCGAGGCUUUCCUGUCUCAACAUUUCAAGGGAAUCGAACGACAAGACGUCUCUUCGACAUCCAAAGGCGCCGAAUUUGUUUUUAAAGAGACGCAAGAAAGAAGCGCGGCGAUUGCCAGUCGUUUCGCGGCCGAAUAUCAUGGUGUCGACGUGCUAAAAGAGAAUAUCGAAGACCGCGCCGAUAACACCACUCGUUUUCUGAUUUUAAGAAAUGUGGUCGCCGAGCGAACUGCACAACUGGGAUUUGAACAGCCCGAUGUGCAUGUACCAGCGGGCCAGCCGGCCCCAGUGACGACACAUAAAACACUGGUUUCGUUUGCAAUUGAUCAUUCCGCGCCGGGAGCCUUGGCGAAUGCUCUACUGAUAUUCAAGGCCCAUGGCCUAAACCUCUCCAGUAUUAACACAAGACCAAGUCUGAAACGUGCCUGGCAAUACAUUUUCUUUGUGGAGUGUGGACGGACCCCCUCUGAGGAGAAUAAAGAUGCUGUUCUCAAAGCUCUGAAUGAUCUUCGACAUGUCACCGAGUUCUGCACGGAUUUGGGUACCUGGAAAGACCAGCUGGGUGCGAAACUCAUCUGA